AUGGCGGAAGAGAAAAGCGAGGGAGUGAAGAAGGGGAUGAGUCCAUGGGAGCAGCAUUCGGCGGUUAUCAACCUCCCUCGCUUCGACUACAACGCUCCCUCUUCUCUUCUUCGUAACUCCCAUUCUGGAUUUCUCAUCACUUGCACUAUCAAGCGGGAGAAGAGCGCCACAAAAGAAGCAAUCUCCAUCCUUCAUAAGUUUGUUGAGCCGGCUCAUUGUGACUCUUCAAAUAACCCUAAUGAGAGUAGUAUUUCUAAGAGACAGAAGUUGUGCACUGACGAUGCUGGUGAGGAGUGUUUGGAUAGCAAGGAAACCGAGUCUGCUACUGCUAACUCUGGAGACGGUAAAGUUUCAAGUGCUGUUAGAGCAGAGCCAGACAAAGAUGGAGUAACUGGUCUUUCUUUGGUUAAGCUCACAAGGAAUGGGUUGCUUCUCUUUACCUAUCCCAAUCACACACAGCCUGACACUGUUAAUGUUGUGUCAAAUAUCAUCCAAGCUUUGGAAUCUGGGAAUGGAAGUUUGCCAGCUCACCAAAACAAGGGAGUCCAUAAGAGGUGUCAGAAAGUGGGUGAGAAUUUGAGGGAUGGGUAA